CCUGUAGCCAUCUGCUGUUGCUGGGGCACCUCCGGGUGGGUGCUUGGGGCCAUCUGGCAUUCCCAAGCAGAGGUCUGGUGGGCUCACCAUGAGAUAAACUUGCUGCAUGUUCCACAUGGAGACAACGCUCAGUCUUCCUCCACCGCUGUAGAACGUGGCCAGGGGAUGUUUGUGGGGAAAAGACACCCCCCCACACGUGCUUCUUGUUUAAUGAUGUGCUUUGAAAUGUUUCGGUAGGCCCUGCCGUGGCUUUGUGCUGCUGUCCUCCCGAGCGUGUGUUGGGAUGCUCAGUAGAGCAAACAAGGACUUGGCUCUUGGGCAGCUUGCGGGGCUAGCGGGCAGGGAGGGCAGCUGCCCGGCUCGCACGUGGGGGCUUCAGGCCAGUGGGACUUCUCCUUCAGGACACGAGCACAGGGGUGUCUUUGUGGGAGUGAUUUCUGUAAGUCGCUGUGUCCCUUUGGCUGUGCUCCCUCUGCCAUGGGGACGUGGAAGGAGAGGGACCCAUCCUGGUCCUGUUCUUGCUCUGUGGGCUGGGCUUGAAGGUGAACACUGGAGGGCUCUUCCCAUGCUGGUCCUGAGCAGGCUGCGCUUGCAGCAGCCCUCCAGCCCCUGGCUUGCUACGAGCGAUGUGUGGCUGAGGAAUUUGGAUCUGUUUUGCCUUCCCUCUUGCCAUCAGUUGGCCUCGGUGCGAAGGAGGAGGUACAAGCUCUGGGCGAAGCAGUUGGGGCGGCUGCGCUGCUCUCUGUCUGCGGGGUUUAUGGUGUCUAAUAAAGCAUUCCAUUUACUUUGAAGACAUAAACACACUCUCCCUUUCUGUCCCCUGCUGCCUGUUCCACAAAAUCUUGUAGGAACUUAGUAAAUCUUUGAGCCUUUUAUCCCUCUGUCAAGGUUGGCAGAAUAUUGGCUGCCGGGGAGCUGGACAGGCACGCGCUGUGCUCGCAGAAACCUCUUGGAGUAGGGAUGCCAAACUGAAACCAGGUAUUUCGGGGGUUUUUUUAAGCUUUGCUUUUCCACUCCUGCUCUCCUCGUGCUAACCAAAUGAGCUGUGUCAUUUCAGUCCUGAUGAAUCUUGCCCCUGUUCCCGCUUCCAAGCCCUGCUUUGGUUGAAAUUGUCUUUAAUGGGCAAAGGGAAGCGUGAAGCUAUCUGCAGGAGCUGCAUCUUGGUGAAUAUAUUGCCAUUUGGGAUUGCCUAGUUGGGAGCUGUCAGCCUGUUCCUUCCUUGCAAAUACUUCAAAGGCAAUUCUUCCUUAUUUUUUUUCUUUUUGUGGCUCUGAGAAUGUUUCUCCUUUUUUUCUUCCUCCUUGUAUCUGUCUGCGAUCAUCUGUCCCCUGGUCAGGAUUCAUCGCUUUCUCAAGAAAUCAGUUGGCAUUCUUUAGAUCUCCCUGAAAAAAAAAACAAACCCAACAACCCAAACCAGAUGUGAAUACACGUCCAGAGCUAAUAAAGCAUCUCGCGAGGCAGUCGGUGUGUUUCUCCGUAGCACAUCUUGCACUCGUUGCAGGUAUAUUAACUUCUCUGGUGAAGUUGGGUAGCCUCAGGCGCUGAGUAACCCUCGCUGUGUGUUGCUUUGUGUCUGUCCAGCGCGGAGGUGGUGAUGGGCUUUGAGGAAUGGCCUGGGUGAGACCUAAGGAACAUCUUUGUAUCUCCAGCUGGAGCAGCCGCCUUUUGCUCCUGCGGCGUGUCUGCAAGUCCAGCCCUUCCUUAGGCUCCCUCCCUGUUUGCUCAAGGCUGGGGCUGCCCAGCGGGGCAUGAAUGAGGGUUUCUCUUCCCGACCGACUGCGGCUCCCCCUCCUUCUCCCACCUCCUUCCAAAACCUCCUCUCUCCUCCUAGCUCGGCCCCUCUUGCCUGUGCUCCUGAGCUCUGCCCCUCCAGCUGGAGCCGCAGGUUUAUCUGGAGGCGAGGAGCCUCUCUCCUUUGUAAGCUGAGACCCCGGAGGAGGAGCAGGGAUCUGCUGGACCCUGGAGGAGAAAGAGCCCCGCUGCCCUGGGGAGAGGCAGAGCCUGGGCACCAUGGCUGGAUUCUCCACUCUUGGGCUUCUCUUCCUCUGUCAGCUCUUAGCCACGGCAUCAGCUCAGGACCACAAGGCCCUCCUGGACCACGAGGACCCCCUGGACCAUCUGGCAAGGACGGCAUCGAUGGAGAGCCAGGCCCUCCCGGUUUGCCGGGCCCACCAGGGCCAAAAGGUGCACCAGGGAAGCCUGGAGCAGCUGGUGAAGCCGGAUUGCCUGGCCUUCCUGGAGUGGAUGGUUUAACAGGAACCGAUGGCCCACCUGGCCCAAAUGGGCCUCCAGGAGACCGUGGUGCAUUAGGACCUUCUGGGCCACCCGGGCCAGCUGGCAAAGGACUACCAGGACCUCCAGGGCCGCCAGGACCCAGCGGGCUCCCAGGUGGAAAUGGAUUUCGGGGUCCUCCUGGACCUUUUGGUCUGCCAGGAUUCCCAGGGCCUCCUGGACCACCUGGACCUCCCGGUCUUCCAGGCACCCUUCCUGAUGGCGGCGGGGACCUCCAGUGCCCAGCUCUGUGCCCGCCGGGUCCUCCAGGUCCCCCGGGAAUGCCAGCGUUCAAGGGACACACUGGUCACAAAGGAGAACCUGGUGAAAUAGGAAAAGAAGGAGAAAAGGGCAACCCUGGCCCUCCUGGUCCUCCGGGCAUUCCCGGCAGCGUUGGGCUGCAGGGCCCAAGAGGACUAAGAGGCCUCCCUGGUCCAAUGGGUCCGGCUGGCGACAGAGGUGACAUCGGUUUCAGAGGGCCACCUGGCAUCCCGGGACCUCCAGGGAAAGCUGGAGACCAAGGAAACAAAGGACCUCAGGGAUUCAGGGGGCCCAAAGGCGAUACUGGUAGGCCUGGACCAAAAGGAAACCCAGGGGCUCGUGGAUUCAUAGGAGAACCUGGCAUGCCUGGCAAGGAUGGACGGGAUGGAGCUCCUGGACUCGAUGGUGAGAAGGGCGAUGCAGCUCGCAUGGGUGCUCCUGGAGAGAAGGGGCCAAACGGACUUCCCGGGCUGCCUGGAAGAGCAGGUAUUAAAGGCUCAAAGGGUGAACCAGGCAGUCCUGGCGAGAUGGGAGAGGCAGGUCCCUCUGGAGAGCCGGGCAUCCCUUUUGGGAUUGGAAUAGCCUGGGAUUCAGGAAUACCUGGCCCUGAAUUUUCUCCUUACCUUAUCUUCUCUUUCUCUUUUCAGGGCCCACUUGGUCUUCAAGGCCCGACGGGAGCCCCCGGUGUCAGAGGUUUCCAGGGUCCCAAAGGUGCCAGUGGGGAGCCUGGCCUUCCUGGCCCAACUGGAAUUCGUGGAGAGUUAGGUGACAGGGGUCCUGCUGGUGUUCCUGGCCCCAAAGGUAACCAGGGUAUUGCUGGAGCAGAUGGCCUCCCAGGUGACAAAGGAGAACUGGGUCCCUUUGGUCCCCCCGGCCAAAAAGGAGAGCCAGGAAAAAGAGGAGAACUUGGUCCAAAAGGUGUCCAAGGACCUAAUGGGACAGCUGGAGUACCAGGGAUCCCAGGGCAUCCAGGGCCCAUGGGCCAUCAGGGGGAGCAAGGCGUUCCCGGUGUCACAGGAAAACCCGGCCCUCCUGGCAAAGAGGCCAGUGAGCAACAUAUAAGAGAACUCUGUGGGGAAAUGAUAAAUGAUCAAAUUGCACAGUUAGCUGCUAAUCUGAGAAAGCCCUUGUCUCCUGGAAUGACGGGUCGUCCUGGCCCAGCUGGUCCCCCCGGUCCUCCUGGAGCCACGGGAAGCAUUGGGCAUCCAGGUCCUCGUGGUCCCCCUGGAUACAGAGGGCCAACGGGAGAACUUGGUGAUCCUGGUCCCAGAGGUGACACUGGGGAAAAGGGAGAUAAAGGACCUGUUGGUCAAGGCAUUGACGGGCCUGACGGCGACCAAGGACUUCAAGGACCACCUGGUGUGCCUGGAAUUACUAAAAAUGGUCGUGAUGGUGCUCAGGGUGAACCCGGUCUGCCAGGGGAUCCUGGUACUCCUGGUGCUAUUGGGGCUCAGGGAACUCCAGGAAUAUGCGACACGUCGGCCUGCAUGGGAGCUGUUGGAGCAUCAACUUCCAAAAAAUCAUAAAACAACAGUACAAGAAAUGGAGAAGUGACUGAGUAUUUAAAUAACCAGUGCAUUGUAAGAAAACAGACAGAAUCCUCCUAGUGAUAACUGGACAGAUGUUCCUUCUGUUGUAUUAAGUGGAGACUUUGACACAGUUCUAUGACAAAGAAAGCAUCAGAUGAAAACUUUAAUUAAAAGAUGCUCUCCUCUCCCCAAUUAUAUAUUUCCAGAACUUUUACUGCUAAGCAACCUCACCUUCCCCUUUCUCCCUUUGUUCGAGAGACCUGCAAGAGGAAGCAUGGUUCCUUUUUACCAUCACCCCCCCAACCACGUACUAAAGACCAUGACUUUUCUGUAUAAACCUUUGAGCCUUGUCCAUCGAAUCCCUUGGUGCUGCUCCCACUGACUGCAGUUAGUGCCGACCCCGCGUACGAUACCCGUUGUUAAGGCAUUCAGGCACCUAACUGCUAUUUACAGCAGUGGAAAUUAGGCAUUUAAAUAUCCCAUAUUUUAAUAUCCAAAGAUUCUGGCCUAAUAAAGACAGUAGCUUACGUGUACGCUGUCAGUUACCAAUUUUCAGAUUGCACCUCAAAUACUUGCCAAGACUCGUAAAGAGUAAUCCUCUCGCGAUCAAAUUCUGCAAAAGGUAUAAUGUAUAUAUUUUAAUUUACAGGGGAGAAUUUUUGUAUAUUUCCAUAUGAUAGUAAAGGAAAUGGAGUAACAGCAUUUUCAUGACCUCUACUUAAGCUAUUUGCACAGUAAUUGUGAAUGAGACCGCAAAGGAGAAAGGAUGCCAAAAACACCUGUAUGAACUGUUGUAAAAAUAAAAGGAGAUUUUUUUUAACCUUUUCUCUGUGAUGUUGUAAGUGUCAUUAUAUACAUCAAAUGAACUCAGCUGAUCUC